AUCGGAACGAGGAAGACUUUGAGGGGUUUUGGCCGGCCGGCGAUCAGGCUCAUCGACCAUGACCGAUGUAUUCCAGGGCUACGAGCGCCAGUACUGCGAGAUCUCGGCCUCCCUCUCCCGGAAAUGCACCGCCGCCGCCUCCCAGGAGGGAGAGAAACUGAAGCAGAAGGCCUCGGAGAUCAAAUCCGGCAUCGAUGGCGCCGAGGCACUGAUAAGGAAGAUGGAUCUUGAAGCAAGGAACCUCCAACCGAGCGUGAGGGCCGGGCAACUGGCGAAACUGAGAGAAUACAAGUCGGAUCUUAACAAUCUGAAGGGAACGUUGAAGAGAAUCACUGCUGGUAAUGGCCAACAAGGGGCGAGAGAGGAGUUGCUGGAGUCAGGAAUGGCAGAUACGUUGGUGGUAUCUGCUGAUCAAAGGUCAAGAUUGCUCAGGACAACGGAAAGGCAAAAUCAGACAACUGAUAGGAUCAGAGAUAGCCAUAGAACUAUGCUGGAAACAGAAGAGCUUGGAGUCUCCAUCAUGCAUGACUUGCAUCAGCAGCGCCAGUCUCUUUUGCAUGCUAAUGAUACGUUGCAUGACGUGGACGACAGCAUUGGCAAGAGCAGAAAGAUCAUGGGGGCCAUGGUGAGAAGGAUGGAUAGGAACAAGUGGAUUAUCGGCUUGCUGAUAGCCCUUCUUGUUUUAGCGAUCCUAGUAGUCCUGUAUUUCAAGUUUGUGCACUGAGUGAUUCCUUGCCAUUACCAUAUGACUGCAGUUUUCUA